AUGAAUAGCAUUGGCAAGUUGGGUGCUAUGCAACAAAUGGUAAAAGGUGGAAGAGUGAUGCCUGCGGCCGCAAUAUCUGAUGACAGCGUUUUGGUGAAGAAAAUUGCGACAGAGCAUAACCCUGAGGGGAUAGAAUAUGAUGUCAGGCCCCUUCUUCUCAUAGUUGAGGAUGUUUUUACACGUUCCAACAUGAGGUCUGAAGAUGCUGCAAGGGGCCCCCAUGCUCGUGUUGAUCACAUCGAAGACAGAAGCCACCAUCCUGGCCACACAAACAUGCUGGAGGCUCUAUCUGCUAAGAUUGAUCGAAUUUCCUGUGAGAUUUCCUACAAGACUCUGGGUGGUAUAGAUGCACACUCCACAACAGUUGCAAUAUUUGACAUGCUUACAAUCUACAAGUGGGAUGUGAAGAUAGUGUUGGCCUUAGCCGCUUUUGCUCUGACUUAUGGUGAAUUCUGGCUUCUUGCUCAAAUUCAUGACACAAACCAGCUUGCAAAAUCAAUGGCAAUUCUGAAGCAACUACCUAGCAUCAUGGAGCAUGCAAACACGUUGAAACCACGGUUUGAUGCCCUUAAUGACCUAGUUAGUGUCAUUUUGGAGGUGACCAAGGUUGUGAUAGAGUUCCAUGAUCUGCCAACUCAGUACAUCACACAAGACAUGACAGCCUACACCACUGCCAAUAACUAUGUUCCAGUUGCUUCCUACUGGACCAUCAGAAGUAUUGUGGCUUGUGCAGCUCAGAUUACCAGCCUCACUACACUUGGCUAUGAGAUCUUCACAUCCACUGACGCUUGGGAGCUAUCCACAUUGACUUUCAAGCUCAAAAACAUAAUCGACCAUCUCAGGCAGCUACUGCAUAGCUGCCACGAACAUAUUGGGAAAAAGAUGGAUGCUGAAGCUUACCAAAUGCUACGUGAAUUAUUUUCAAAACCACAUACUGACAAUAUGAAGGUUCUCAAGGCUCUGAUAUACGCUCAGGAUGAUAUUCUACCUUUAUACGAUGGUGUUACCAAGAAAAGGGUUAGCCUUGAGCCACUGAGAAGGAAGAACGUGCUGCUUCUAUUUUCAGGCAUGGAGAUUUCCACCGACGAGCUUCUUAUUCUAGAACAAAUCUACAACGAAUCAAAGGCUCAUGCACCGAGAAUGGAGAGUAGAUAUGAGUUGGUUUGGAUCCCCAUUGUGGACCCAAACUCUGAAUGGAAAGACCCAAGGCAAAAGCAGUUUGAGAGCCUGCAAGAAAACAUGUCAUGGUACUCAGUGUUUCAUCCUUCUUUGAUAGGAAAGCCAGUUAUCUGGUUCAUCCAAAGUGAAUGGAAGUACAAGAAUAAGCCUAUUCUUGUGGUUUUGGACCCACAAGGGAGGGUUUCUUGCCCCAAUGCUAUUCACAUGAUGUGGAUAUGGGGAAGUGCUGCCUACCCCUUCACAAGUUCUAGAGAAGAAGCUCUAUGGAAGGAAGAGACUUGGAGACUUGAAUUGCUGGUAGAUGGCAUUGACUCAGAAAUAUUGAACUGGAUCAAGGAUGGAAAAUACAUUUUCUUGUACGGAGGUGACGACCCUGAAUGGGUAAGAAGAUUCGUGAAGGAAGCCCGCAGGGUUGCAAACGCCACACAAAUACCCUUAGAGAUGGUGUACGUCGGGAAGAGCAACAAGAGGGAGCAAGUGCAGAAAAUCAUCGACACCAUAAUUCGCGACAAGCUCAACACACAAUACUGGUCAGAGCAGAGCAUGAUAUGGUUCUUCUGGACCCGUCUUCAGAGCAUGCUCUUCUCCAAGCUCCAACUCAAGCAAACCGAUGACGAGGACCACGUGAUGCAGGAAAUCAAGAAGCUUCUAAGCUACGACAAACAGGGUGGGUGGAUGGUUCUCGCGAGAGGGUCCCACAUCGUGGUGAAUGGGCAUGCCACGACGGGGUUGCAGACCUUAGUAGAGUAUGAUGGUGUGUGGCAAGGUGAUGCUGAGAGAGACGGGUUUGAACAAGCUUUUAAGAGUCACUACGACAAGGUUCAUUCGGUUAUUAGUCCUUGCUGCAGGUUCGAGUUUUCCCAUUCAAUGGGGAGAAUCCCUGAGAGGCUCACGUGCCCCGAGUGUCGCCGCAACAUGCACGUGCUCACCACUUUUCAGUGCUGCCACGAUGAAAAAAUUGACGAGGACUUUUUUGUCAGCACCGUUACUCCUCCCACCCUUUGAUCAUAUUCAUUAAUUAUUCGCUCUUGCUGCAGCAUUUGUUUCUCCGAGGUCUCAUGCACAGUCCUACGUGUUUGCAUGUGUUUUUUUUUUUUUUUUUUAAUCACAGAACAAUGUAAUAAAAUGUGAGUGGUAAGGACUUGGCUCUUAUUGUACUAUUGGCAUUAAGAGGAUAGUAAUUUGAAAACCAAUAAAUUAUAAAGUUACAGUUCUCA